AUGAAGCUCACAACUUCUACAGCCCUUGCGGUCGCUGCAACUACCGCCGCUGCACAAGAUAGCAGCUGGUCUGCGUGGUCAAGCACUACUACCAGCAGUUGUGCAGCACCUUCUACAUCUGUCAAGACAGAGACCACCACAGCCUACGAGUCUACUUCCGAAGUAUACCUCAAGACGGUUGUAGUACCUCUUCCAAGUGCUCCAGCCUCAGUAUCUAUCAAACCUGAUUGGGUAGAGUGGACAAGCAGCAGCAGUAACGCCGCCACUACUACCACUACUUGCGACACAAAGAAGACUGUCACAUCUACAAAGACAAUCACUUCCACUAUUCCAGGCACGACUACUGUCACCAAGUCGGUCCUCUUUGUUGGCGCUCAAGUCUCUGACAGCCCCGAUGCAGCAUGGAACAACUGGGGUAAUGGAGGAAGUGGGAGUGCCACCGGUUCAGGUUCAGGCUCAGGUUCAGGUUCAGGCUCGGGCUCAGGCUCCAGCAGUGGCUUCACUGGUGCAGGAUCAGGCUCAGGCUCUGGGUACGGAUCUGGAUCUGGUUCGGCUUCUGGCUCCGGUUCUGCCCCAGGGUCAGGAAAGGGCUCUGACACUGACUCGGGCUCGGGCUGGGGUAAAGGUAGCGCCAGCAACAACGACAAUGGCAAAAGUGGAGGCGCAGACAGAAAUAGUGGCUCCAACGGCAACAGUGGCUGGGGUCCUGGCAGCUGGGGCGGCAAGGGCACUGGCGGUCUCGUCCUUGGAGAAGGCGACGAUGUUUUCCAUUGGGUGCCAGACACACCUUCCAAUACUGCGUCGGGCGUUGCACCCACUUAUACUGCACAACCCGAUGGUACCUACCGUGGUACCCCAUGGGGAGGUGUAGGAGGUUGGCGCGACUGGAACAAAGAUGGCAGUGAUAACGGAGGCAGCGGAAACAACGGCAAUGGCAAUGGCGGAAGUGGCAGAAACAACGGUACCAGCGAUGGUGACAACAAUGGUGGUGGCAGCAAAAACAACUCUACCAAGCCUAUCAAUGGUACCCGACCAGAUUUUGGUUCGCCUAGCAGCAAUCUCACCAAACCCUUUGAGUUCCUCAAGGAGAGCAACUGCAACUCUGCUUCUGAUCGAUCCAAGUGGUGCGGUGGCUUCGAUAUUGAUACCGACUACUACAAGGACUACUUCGGCGAUUGCAGCUCGACAGGCCUGAGCACUAGCAGCCAGGGUUUCGGUAAGGGUGGCCUCGGAGCUGGAUUCACUGGUGGCAAUAAAUGCGAAUACGACCUUGUCUUGUCUCGAGGCAAGGCAAACACAGAUGGCGACGAAGUCGACAUGAUUCUUAUCAAUGGACAAUAUCCUGGCCCAGCUAUUGAGUGUAAUUGGGGUGAUCUCGUUGUCAUCAAUGUCCACAAUCAGCUUAGCAACAAUGGUACUGCAAUCCACUGGCACGGUAUCAGACAGAUGUGCACCAACGAUCAGGAUGGUGUACCGGGUGUUACAGAAUGUGGUCUUGCACCAGGCAAGUCUCGAACCUAUACAUGGCGUGCAUCGUCCUAUGGCACUUCAUGGUACCACUCCCAUUGGAACCUGCAAUACGGUGAUGGUGUCAUGGGUCCUAUCAUCAUCCAUGGUCCUGCUACUGCCAAUUAUGAUGUCGAUGCUGGCCCAGUCAUGAUCUCCGAUACCUACGGCAUGAGUGCUUCCGCUUUCGGACACCUGAUUGCUCACAAAGGACCUCUUCCAGUUGACAACUACUUGCUGAAUGGCAAGAAUGUUAAGACCGACCUCUCUGCAGGACAACACGCCCUGUGGGAGGUUCAGAAGGGCAAGAAAUACCUCUUCCGCUUCAUCAACGCCGCAUCCCAGAAUAUGUACUCCGUCUCCAUUGAUGGACACAAGAUGCAAGUCAUUGCUGCUGACUUUGUCCCUAUCGUUCCUUACACGACUGAGUGGCUGAAUAUCGGCAUUGGCCAGCGAUACGACGUUGUGAUAGAAAUGAACCAAGACGUAGGUACCUACUUCUUGCGAGCUGUUACCCAGACAUUGUGCCCAUCAGGCUCUGCCAAUAGCGGUCUUGGCCAAGCGAACGGUGUCAUCGCCUACAAGGAGAGCGACUAUACUCUGCCUACUUCGACCAUGAAUGGCAACAAGACAGCCACUGACUUCUCGAUUUGCAUCGAUGAACCUCUGGCCAGCCUCGUUCCUCAUCUCAAGAUGGAUGCUGGCACAAAGACCGCAUUUCAAGCAUCUGCGUCCACUCUUCCAGGCGGUCUGGUUCAACGAGUUCAGACUGACGAUGACGGCUCUCUCUUCAGAUGGUUUCUCAACAAUGGUGCUAUGUACGUCAAUUACACUACACCCACUCUUCAGUCGAUUCACGAAGGAGCACCUGUCAUUGCCAACAGCAGUGCCUAUGCUAAUCAGAUCACUCUCUCGCAAAAAGAUGAGUGGGUAUACUUCGUCAUCCAAAACCAGUUCUUUGCUUUCCACCCAAUGCAUUUGCACGGUCACGACUUCUCGGUUCUAGGCCAAGGCACAGGUCUCUUUACCUCUGACAUGGUCGAUACCCUCAAUUUCGACAAUCCAAUCCGACGUGACACAGCCAUGCUUGCUGGAGCUCCUCCUUCGAACCCACCUCCACCAAAUGGAGGCUGGACAGUCAUCGGCUUCAAGACAGACAAUCCAGGCGCAUGGCUCAUGCACUGCCACAUCGCCUGGCACGUCGACGGUGGCCUUGCCCUUCAGUGGAUCGAGCGACCAGACGAUAUCAAGAAAGCUGACCUAGCUGGCAAGGAUUCCUUCAAGCAAGAGUGCUCUGAGUACACGUCCUAUGAGGCCUCGGACGCAAAGUACCGAAAGUUCUCAGGCAAUUCCGGUUUGAAGAAGAGAGAGCCCACCUACUUUGACAAAUUGAUUGCCGAGAACAGCAAGCAAUUCAAUACUGUUGUGCGACGCGAUGAUGCUGCUCGUCAUUACCUAGAUGGUCACCUCAAGAGAGGUCUUGGUGAUGGCGCUCACCGACGAACGUUUGGUCGACGUGGUUGA